AUGGAAGGUCUUGGUAAAAUGGUUGAUAGGGAUGCAGAGCUAGAGAUGUUGGAGGGUUUUGAAGUGAGAACUAAUGGCACAAAAAUUCCCAUUCUGCAAUAUGCAGAUGUCACACUCUUUUUCUGCAGUGCUUUAGAGGACCAAAUCAUUAACCUGAAACAUCUUCUGUUCUGGUUUGAGAUAGUAUCAGGCCUAAUGAUGAAGGUGAAUUUUGAGAAGUGCUUUGUGGUGGGGAUCAAUAUGGAGGAGAGAGCUAUAAUGGAGAGGUCUGAAGCUUUGGGAUGUGUGGUGUCUCAAUGGCCUAUGAAUUAUUUGGGGAUGCCUCUAGGGGAUAAUCCGAGGAAAGUUUUUAGGAUCCUGGUUAAGAUAAGUAGCGUUUUGGAAAAGUUGAUGAGGGACUUCUUGUGGGAACUAGGGGAGGAGAGGAAGGAUCACAAGGAUUCUUUCCCAGAUCCACUGAGUUUUCUGGAUGAAAAGAAUAUGGCGUACUACAAAAUUUCACAUGUUGAUGGUCGAAUUACAAAUCCUGAACAGCGAAUAGCAAGUGAUAUACCAAGGUUCUGUUCAGAGUUGAGUGACCUCAUACAAGAGGAUCUUAUAGCAGUUACUGAUGGCUUGCUCUAUACUUGGCGUCUGUGUUCUUAUGCAAGCUCAAAAUAUGUUUUCUGGAUACUGGCUUAUGUAACAGGGGCAGGAGCUAUGAUUGGAAAUUUCUCUCCUGCAUUUGGAAAACUUAUGUCCAAAGAGCAGCAACUGGAAGGUGAGUAUCGACAACUUCAUUCACGGUUGAGGACACAUGCAGAGAGCAUAGCAUUUUAUGGAGGAGAGAAUAGGGAAGAAUCUCAUAUUCAACAGAAGUUCAAGACUCUUGUUAGGCACAUGAAGCGUGUUCUUCAUGACCAUUGGUGGUUUGGCAUGAUUCAAGAUUUCCUGUUGAAGUAUCUUGGUGCAACAGUAGCUGUAGUUCUGAUUAUUGAGCCCUUCUUUGCUGGCAAUCUCAGACCUGAUUCAUCAACUUUAGGACGAGCUGAGAUGUUAAGCAAUCUGAGAUAUCAUACAAGUGUUAUAAUAUCCUUGUUUCAGUCAUUGGGGACUCUUUCUAUAAGUUCAAGACGGCUAAAUCGCCUCAGGUUAUUCCGUGAUCCAUUAUUGGUUUGUUCAUGUUAUCAGAAGGGUGUAAAAGGAUCUCAUUUGAACUUAAGCCCAUCUUGAUGAUCUUAACCUUAAAAGAAGUGUUAUUAUUGUUUACUAUGACAGACACUGGAAAAACACAGCAUGCCCAAUUCUUUCAUUCAUUUCUCAAACAAUUUGUGAAAUUAAACUUAGAUCUACUUUUUUUUUUUGGUCAAUAAACUUAGAUCUACUUAUUUUUGAGAUAUAAUGGUAUUUUCACAAUUUCAAUGUGAA